CUCAGCUGCUGCUCACUGCUCAGCACGUUCGCGCAUUUUUCAACUUCUGGAAAAUUCAAUGUAUAUGAUUUAACUAUUACCAACUUAUCCAACAAUUAGCAAUAAACAAACACUUAAAAUUAAAUUCAAAGUAGUAAAUAAAUAAACACUGCUCUCUCCUUCUUCCUCGAUCGGAAGUUUCCAUAAUUAGAAACCAUGCACCCAGAUUCCGAUCACCCUCACCUCCCCACCAUCAAGAUCCACCACCACUCCUCCUCCACCCCCUCCGCCGCCACCCCCACCCCAACCGCCGGCGCCCGCCGUAAAAUCGGAGUCGCCGUCGACCUCUCCGAAGAAAGCUCCUUCGCCGUUCGCUGGGCCGUCGAUCACUACAUCCGCCCCGGAGACGCCGUCGUCAUCCUCCACGUGUCCCCCACCUCCGUCCUCUUCGGCGCGGACUGGGGCCCGCUCCCUCUCCAGACUCAGCACAGCCAGGAGGAUUUCGACGCGUUCACGGCCUCAAAGGUCUCCGAUCUAACAAGGCCGUUGACGGAGGCCGGGUUUCCACACAAGGUUCAUAUAGUGAAGGAUCACGAUAUGAGGGAGAGGCUGUGUUUGGAGAUCGAGAGGCUUGGUGUUAGCGCUGUGAUAAUGGGGAGCAGAGGGUUUGGUGCUGAGAAGAGAGGGAGUGAUGGGAAGCUUGGGUCUGUUAGUGAUUAUUGUGUUCAUCACUGUGUUUGUCCUGUUGUUGUUGUUAGAUUCCCUGAUGAUCGUGACGCUUGUCCUGCUCCUGGAGGUACUAAGGAUGCUAUUGUUACCGUUAAAUCAGGUAGGGAUGAUGAUGAGGAGGAUGAGGCUAAGAUUGCUGCUGAUUCGGCUCAUCAUGAGCACAUUAAAGAUGAGUAAUGGGCCUUAGUAUCUCAUUUGAUUCACCCUCUUCACAGCCAGGUACAACUGAUGGAUGGAAACAAAGGGUUUCAGCAGAUUUGUGCAGAAGAGUGUGUGAUUGUGUGUGUGCUUUGUGCUAUCUUUUGCAACCAUGAAGUCUCUGGAAUCUCUUCUGGAUUUAUUAUUCUCAGUCAUCUCUUUUUUAAUGAUUCACCCGUAUGAUUUUCACAUUGUUUAAUGAAAAGAGUUUGUAUGAACACAAAACCCUUUUGGGAUUAUGAUCUUCAUUCAUCAAGCUGAUUUGAUAUCCCA